AGUGGGGCGCUGGAGCGUCGGAGCUGCGGGUCUGUGGGAACGGAAGCCACAGCCAGGAAGAGAGGCAGCCAGGAUGGCGACUACGAGCAGGAAAACGUCCACCCCAAGUCCCCUGGCCCCCAAGAGAGCUUUCCCGAGAGAUCCCUCGUCGGAAGUCCCGAACAAGAAAAAGAGUCCGGCCCCACCGGCGGCGCUGCCGCCACUGCCGCUGCAGUCGUCCGGGCCUUUCGUUGAAGGCUCUAUCGUCCGCAUCGCGAUGGAGAACUUCCUAACAUAUGAUAUCUGUGAAGUAUCUCCUGGGCCCCACUUGAAUAUGAUUAUUGGAGCUAAUGGAACAGGGAAGUCCAGCAUCGUGUGUGCCAUUUGCCUUGGAUUAGCAGGCAAACCUGCUUUCAUGGGACGGGCAGAUAAGGUUGGCUUUUUUGUGAAGAGAGGAUGUUCCAAAGGCAUGGUUGAAAUUGAAUUGUUCAGGACUUCUGGAAAUCUUGUAAUCACUCGUGAGAUUGAUGUGGCAAAAAAUCAGUCCUUUUGGUUCAUCAACAAAAAAUCUACAACUCAGAAAGUAGUAGAAGAGCAGGUUGCAGCCUUAAAUAUUCAAGUGGGCAAUCUUUGCCAGUUUCUACCUCAGGAUAAAGUUGGAGAAUUUGCUAAACUAAGUAAAAUUGAACUCCUUGAAGCUACUGAGAAGUCAAUUGGUCCUCCAGAAAUGCACAAAUACCACUGUGAACUCAAAAACUUCAGGGAGAAAGAAAAACAACUAGAGACCUCAUGCAAAGAGAAAACUGAAUAUCUAGAGAAGAUGAUUCAGAGGAAUGAAAGAUAUAAACAAGAUGUGGAGAGGUUCUAUGAACGUAAGCGACAUUUAGAUUUGAUUGAGAUGCUUGAAGCAAAAAGGCCAUGGGUGGAAUAUGAAAAUGUUCGUCAGGACUAUGAAGAAGUAAAACUAGCUCGGGACCGAGCGAAGGAUGAGGUCAGAAAACUUAAAGAAGGGCAGAUUCCUAUAACACAACGCAUUGAAGAAAUUGAAAGGCAGCGUCACAAUUUGGAGGCUCGAAUCAAAGAGAAGGCAACAGAUAUUAAGGAGACAUCUCAAAAAUGCAAACAAAAGCAAGAUGUUAUAGAAAGGAAAGAUAAACAUAUUGAGGAGCUUCAGCAGGCUUUAACAGUAAAACAAAAUGAAGAGCAUGAUCGACAGAGGAGAAUAAGUAAUACCCGCAAAAUGAUAGAAGAUUUGCAAAAUGAACUGAAGACCACAGAAAACUGUGAGAACCUUCAACCCCAAAUUGAUGCCAUUACAAAUGAUCUGAGACGAGUUCAAGAUGAAAAGGCAUUAUGUGAAGGCGAGAUAAUUGAUAAGCGUAGAGAGAGGGAAACUCUAGAGAAGGAGAAGAAGAGUGUGGAUGAUCAUAUUGUGCGUUUUGACAACCUUAUGAAUCAAAAGGAAGAUAAGCUGAGACAGAGAUACCGUGAUACAUAUGAUGCUGUUUUAUGGCUGAGAAAUAACAGAGACAAAUUUAAGCAAAGAGUCUGUGAACCCAUAAUGCUCACGAUCAAUAUGAAAGAUAACAAAAAUGCCAAAUAUGUUGAAAAUCAUAUUCCAUCAAAUGACUUGAGAGCUUUUGUGUUUGAAAGUCAAGAAGAUAUGGAGGUUUUCCUCAAAGAGGUUCGUGACCAUAAAAAAUUAAGAGUGAAUGCUGUUAUUGCUCCUAAGAGUUCAUAUGCAGACAAAGCACCUUCACGACCAUUGAAUGAACUCAAACAAUAUGGAUUUUUCUCUUAUUUGCGAGAGUUAUUUGAUGCACCUGAUCCUGUCAUGAGUUACCUCUGCUGCCAGUAUCACAUUCAUGAAGUUCCUGUAGGAACUGAAAGAACCAGAGAAAGAAUUGAACGGGUAAUACAAGAAACCCGAUUAAAACAAAUUUAUACAGCAGAAGAAAAGUUUGUGGUGAAAACUUCUUUUUAUUCAAACCAAGUUAUUUCUAGUAACACAUCCCUAAAAGUAGCCCAGUUUCUCACAGUCACUGUGGAUCUAGAGCAAAGACGACACUUAGAAGAACAGCUAAAGGAAAUUAAUAGAAAAUUGCAAGCAGUAGAAUCAGGGUUGAUUGCCUUACGUGAGACAAACAAACACCUAGAACACAAAGAUAAUGAACUUAGACAAAAGAAGAAGGAGCUUCUUGAAAGGAAAACCAAGAAGAGACAACUGGAACAAAAAAUUAGUUCCAAACUAGGAAGUUUAAAGCUGAUGGAACAGGAUACUUGCAACCUUGAAGAGGAAGAACGAAAAGCAAGCACCAAAAUCAAAGAAAUAAAUGUUCAAAAAGCCAAACUUGUUACUGAAUUAACAAACCUGAUAAAGAUUUGUACUUCUUUGCAUAUACAAAAAGUAGAUUUAAUUCUUCAAAAUACUACAGUGAUCUCCGAGAAGAACAAAUUAGAAUCAGAUUAUAUGGCUGCUUCAUCACAGCUACGUCUCACAGAGCAACAUUUCAUCGAGUUGGAUGAAAGUAGACAGAGAUUAUUGCAGAAAUGCAGGGAACUUAUGAAGAGAGCCAGGCAAGUAUGUAACCUGGGUGCAGAGCAGACCAUUCCUCAAGAAUAUCAGACAGCUUUCCAAGAUCUUCCAAACACCUUGGAUGAAAUUGAUGCUUUAUUAACUGAAGAAAGAUCAAGAGCUUCUUGCUUCACAGGACUGAAUCCUACAGUUGUUGAGGAGUACACAAAAAGAGAAGAAGAAAUAGAGCAAUUAACUGAGGAACUAAAGAUAAAGAAUGUUGAACUGGAUAAAUAUAGGGAAAACAUUUCACAGGUAAAAGAAAGGUGGCUGAAUCCUUUAAAAGAGCUGGUAGAAAAAAUUAAUGAAAAAUUUAGCAAUUUUUUUAGUUCCAUGCAGUGUGCUGGUGAAAUUGAUCUCCAUACAGAAAAUGAGGAAGACUAUGAUAAAUAUGGAAUUCGAAUUAGAGUCAAAUUUCGCAGUAGCACUCAACUACAUGAAUUAACUCCUCAUCAUCAAAGUGGAGGUGAAAGAAGCGUUUCUACCAUGUUAUACUUGAUGGCACUUCAGGAGCUUAAUAGAUGUCCAUUCAGAGUAGUUGAUGAAAUCAAUCAGGGAAUGGACCCAAUCAAUGAACGGAGAGUGUUUGAAAUGGUUGUAAAUACUGCUUGUAAAGAAAACACAUCUCAGUAUUUCUUUAUUACACCAAAGCUCCUGCAAAAUCUUCCUUAUAAUGAAAAGAUGACGGUGUUAUUUGUCUACAAUGGUCCUCAUAUGCUAGAACCAAACAGAUGGAAUUUAAAGGCUUUCCAAAGGAGGCGGCGCCGUAUUACAUUCACUCAGCCUUCUCAAUAAAAGUAAAGGGCAAGAACUUUGGGACUUUUCUGUUAAAUCCUGUAUAUAAGUGUGGCUCAACUGAAUAAAAGUUAGGAGAUUCAUUAAGACUAAAAGAUCAGUUAUUUUUGGAAACCCACUAUUAGAUACAAAUGGGUCGAUGAAAAGAGACCAUAAUAACUUCUUUUUGUGGAACAUCAUCUGGUAGUAAAAAUUAAGUCUUCUUGAGUCCUUAGCACUCUGACCAUAAGUCAUUGGGUCCCCAUUUUUAAAAGUAUUUGCUACUCAAAUCAAAGGUACAGUGGAAGGGCUUAUCAAUUACAAGAAGUUUAGUUGACAUGGUAACCCUGAGCUUUACUUGCAAAGUAGUUUUAACUACUUUUAGAGUCUAAAGAUGACUCUACAGCUUAAGCCACAGUUUCUCCCAGUGUUAUAUUUAAUUUUUAAAAUUUGAUAUGGAAAUGUCUAGUCUAAUGUAUAGUAAUAAUUUAUGGCAAAUCUAUUCAUUUCUUCCUAUUAAAAAGAUACCUUAUCUCCACUAGGAAAUGGAAUUUUAUGAGCCUUUAAAAAAAGUUGUAUGAAACUUGAUACUAUAAUUAUAUUGGUAUCUCAAAGAAGGGAAAAGUAUUGGGGUUCAAAAAUGGUAGCAGGACUUCUUUGAAAUGCCACAAGGUGGCCACUAGAUGAUGCAAAAAAUGCAACCAAAAGAUUGACAGAGAAUAAAAUCAAGUGCCAAGGGUUUUUAAAGAAUAACCCUGUAAAAUGUGGGUGAGGUUUUUUGGGUUUGGUGGUUUUUUCCUUUUUUUAAUUUAAAGUCAAUUGUAUUUUACAUCUUAAAUUUCUAAAGCAUUUUCUUAAUUAUUUUUAGUAAGAUUUUUCUUAAGAUUUCAUAUACUGGUUUCUACAGUUUAUAUUUGAAAUUUCUCAGUGUUAUGUAAAGAGUGAGGAAAAGUAUUGAUUUGUUUAAAACCAUAAUGUUUUUAGAAUCUAAGCUUAUAUAGGUCCUAAAACUUACAGUGUUGAUCCUACCCCAUUAUCUUAGAAAAUCUAGUUUCCUUUCAACGUGAAAGAAUUAGAUGAGAAAAUCAUUUAUUUAUCUCUGCGUUAUAUUAAUUAACAGUGCCAAAACAAAUUCUAUUCUUUUAAAUAUUGUAAAAUAACGGACGAGAUCAAGGACAUAUCUUUGAACAAUGGACUGGAUCUGUGCCGGUAAUAACAGAAUUAUUUUUUUGACUUGGCAGCUUGACUAAGUUGAAGAAUUGCAGUGAAUUUGGGUUUUGUAUGUUCUUAAAUAGCCACUGAAAUUAUUCUUGUUAGGUCAAAAAAUAAACCUCUUACUUGGACAUUUUCUCUUUAAAAAGCUAUUUUUUUCUUCAUAAAAUUUUUAAAAGAGCCUUCCCCUCUUAAACUAAGUCUAAUGCAUAUACUAUGAAAAUAUUUUAAAAUAACAUUUUUACUAGUGCAAACAACUCAUGUAAACCUUGAAAACCUUGGUAACAUAUUAGUAAAUGGAUGUUGUUACCAAAUGUUUUUGUUGUUUAAUACUUCGUUUUCCACCAAAGUAUCUUUACUAAUAUGUGCUUGGUGUAGUUUGUUUAUUGUCUGAGUUAGUGUCAGUCAUCUUAUUUCUGCAAAAUGAUUAUCAGUGUGAAAAAGAAGUUUGAAGAUUAGGUGUGUUUGAAAAUAAAAUGGUCAAACUACCUUUCAGUUUACAUAUGCCAAUAAUUAUUCCAUACCUUGUUUAUAAGCAUUUCUUUCUUUCUAGUGGACAAAUAUUUGGUUUUUACAUUGAAUGUUGACCUGUGAAGAAUAGUAAGUCUAGCGCAUUAGUCUCAGCCACUUGAAGCUUCACAUAUUUUCUGUAAAAGUUGAUUUUAAUUACAUACAAAUUGUAAAAACUUCAAGUAACAGUCUGAUUUGAUGAAUAAAAUAUUUAAAACCCUAAGGUGACAAGCAAGUAUUUUUAAUGACAAAAUCUUCAUUGAUUUGUGUAAGGAGAGAAAUUAAAAGGUUUUUAGCAUUAAGUAAAAGGAAAGAUUUCUUGCUGCUUUCUAAUUGUCUUGUGGACAUGUGCUUAUUUUCUUUGGAGUUUGAAUCUUUAGUGUGUAAAAAAAUAUAAUUUGAGGGAAUUCCCUGGUGGUCCAGUGAUUAGGACUCCACGCUUUCACUGCCGAGGGCCCGGGUUCAAUCCCUGGUCGGGGAAGUAAGAUCCUGCAAGCUGUGCAGUGCAGUGAAAAAAAAAAGUGUAAUUUUGUCCUGCUAUUGUGUGUGUGUGUGUGUGUGUGUGUGUAAUUGGAAAAAAACUCUCUGGGAAAUGCUACUUUGUUGCUAAUAAAUGCAUAUUUUCAUAUUCCUUUGGUGUAUGUCAUUUUAAAUGAGAACUGUUUUCAUAUACUUUGAACCUUCGUAAGAGUCAUUUUGGUUUUCAGAUUUGCUGAAAAGUUUAUUGAAUGCCUACCAUUUACAGAAGUGUUUGGCUGUCCAUGUUCAAAAGGAUAGAAAAUGUAGUCCCUUGUCUGCCUGCAAGGAAAUUAGUCUAAAUGAGUCAAGAAAUAAAAGAAAAAAAGGUUUAAACCACCUAAAGAAACCAGUUAUAAGGCAAGUAUAAAUAUUUUUAGGAUGAAACCUUAGAUGGCCUGCAAGAGAGCCUUGAAUAUGUCAUCUUUACUUAUGUGUCUAUGUAACUAGUUAAACUUCAGCCACUCUGUUACUCAAGAGGGGGAGGGUGAAUACUGGGG